CCAUAUUACUGUUCCCAGCAACCACAAGUGACAGUUUGCAGUAUUCCCCAGAGCCAGAAAAAUAAUGCCCCACAGUAGACCUCCCAAUCCUUCCUAGUUCCUCUGGACCACAACGCUUAGCCUGUUCACUGAACUGAAUCACAUCUAUUAACAGACAGGAGCUCCAGACUACAUCUCCCGACCUGCCACGAGGCCUGGCUGUGCUCCCAACACUCCAGGUUUUGGCCACCUGCGCCGCAGUGCACGCCGGGACUUGUAGUCGGCUCGUGGCUGCUUCAGGCGAAAGGAGCUAGUCCUCUGGAGUUUCAGUUCUGUCUCUAGAAAUAUAAGUCCGAGGCCUACCUGUCCCCUGGGCUACAUAGGUUUUUAAGGUGACCCCUGGGAAGCUGUUCACCGUUGGAAGUUGCUGGAGCUGAAGCUCGCUAUCUUGUCGGCAGCCAUGAUUCUACAGGUCUCUAGCUUCAGUAAUCUGUGGGUAAGCGCGACUUCCGUUUCGCCUCUGAGUUUGGCUCAGGCCUAGGGGAUGGGGCGGGAUCUCGCACGCAGACUCUGCCACGAGCGCGCGCUAGGAGCUUAUUGGCUGGUGCGGCAGGCUCGCCGGCGCGGGACCUGAGCCACGCCCCUUGGAUUGCAUCCGGCCGACGGCGCGGGAGCAGAGUUGGGAGGUAAUGUCUUCUUUCAGCGGUGGAGCCUUGGUGUCACGCUGUCUUCAUCAGAACGGCCCGGCAGCUCAGGCCAUGAGGAAGCCACGAGCAGUUGUAGGAAGUGGUCACAGGAAGCAGGCAGCCAGCCAGAAGGAAAGGGAGAAACAUGUCCUUAGCAGCAAGCAGGCCAAGCCUUUUGCCCCUGAUGUCUCAGUAGGUCUGGCCAGGCAGCCGGAAGAGGUGGAAAUGCAGGCCUCCAUCUGCCCGUACCAUCUAUUCAGAGACACAGCUGAAGUCACAGCCUUCCGGGGAAACCUGCUGAGCUGGUACGACCGAGAGAAGCGGGACCUACCCUGGAGAAGACAGGCGGAGCAUGAAGUGGACCUAGACAAGCGUGCGUAUGCUGUGUGGGUGUCAGAGGUCAUGUUGCAGCAGACCCAGGUUGCCACGGUGAUCAACUACUAUACCCGAUGGAUGCAGAAGUGGCCUACACUGCAGGACCUGACCAAUGCCUCCCUGGAGGAGAUAAACCAACUCUGGGCUGGCCUGGGCUACUAUUCUCGAGGCCGGCGACUGCAGGAAGGGGCUCGGAAGGUAGUAGAGGAGCUAGGGGGUCACAUGCCACGUACAGCAGAGGCUCUGCAGCAGCUCCUGCCUGGUGUGGGGCGAUACACAGCUGGGGCCAUUGCUUCCAUUGCCUUUGGCCAGACAGCCGGUGUGGUGGACGGGAAUGUAGUACGGGUGUUAUGCCGUAUUCGAGCCAUUGGUGCUGAUCCCAGCAGCACUGUUGUCUCACAGCAGCUUUGGAGUUUAGCCCAGCAACUGGUAGACCCAGACCGGCCAGGGGACUUCAACCAAGCAGCCAUGGAGCUGGGGGCCACAGUGUGUACUCCACAGCGCCCACAUUGCAGUCAAUGCCCUGUACAGGGCCUAUGCCGGGCACACCAGAAAGUGGAGCGGGAACAGCUCUCAGCCUCACAACACCUGCUGGGCAGUCCUAACAUAGAGGAGUGUGCUCGCAACACUGGGCAGUGCCAGCUGUGCCUGCCCCUCACAGAGCCUUGGGACCAGACCCUAGGGGUGGCCAACUUUCCCCGAAAGGCGAGCCGCAGGCCCCCCAGGGAGGAAUACUCUGCUACCUGCGUUCUAGAGCAACCCAAGGCCCUUGGGGGUGCCCGAAUUCUUCUGGUACAGCGGCCCAAGUCAGGUCUGCUGGCAGGACUGUGGGAGUUCCCAUCUGUGACCUUGGAGCCCUCAGAGAAGCAUCAGUACAAGGCCCUGCUACAGGAACUGCAGAAUUGGGCCGGGCCCCUCCCAGAGGGCUGCCUUCAGCACUUCGGGGAGGUGGUCCACAUCUUCUCUCACAUCAAGCUGACAUACCAAGUAUACGGUCUGGCCAUGGAGGGGCAAAUCCCAGUGACCAGCACCCGACCUGGUGCUCGCUGGCUGACACGGGAAGAAUUUCGCACGGCAGCUGUCUCCACCGCCAUGAAAAAGGUGUUUUGUGUAUAUGAGGGACAACAGCCAGGGACCUGCAAGGGUUCCAAAAGGUCUCAGGUGUCCACUCUAUCCACCCGGAAAAAGACCAGCCGGGGCCAGCAAGUCCUGGAUAGCUUCUUUCAGCCCCACAUCUCUAUUAAUGCACCCAUCCCCAACACUGCCGCUGAGUGACGCCUCUGGAAGACUCCACCCCUGAAAAUCUUGCUAUUAAUAAAGUACUUAUUUUUAUAGU